CAGUUUCAUUCCGGACAUGAUCGUGAUUAGAUGCAAGUGCUAAGAAUUUAAAGGCAGUGAAAAUUGUUACCCCAAAUGGAUCUCUUGUGGAUUUAUUCUGUAUUCUGUUUAAUUUUGAGUGUGACCCAACCGUUUGCUAAAAGCCAAUCUAUCACGGGAAGUAGCUAUGAGUGUUUUAGGACUGUUGUUCAACCACUAUCAAGGCAAUGUGCACCGGAAUUUGCCAUAGAUGGGAAAUUCUGCAUCAGAACGGAAAUAAAGUAUUCAAAAAUUCAACCAGUCCCUAGUUGUCUUCCUGGUUACACAUUCUCAAAUGAAAAUAAUCGUUGCUAUAAAAUGACAAAUACUUCAAUUUGUGUUCCUCCUUCCUGCCCACACGGAUACAAACUAAAUGGAAGUCUCUGUAUCGUUGAUUCUAGUGUUUCUUCCGUUUCUUCAUUCUCUUGCGUUGCUGCUUGUCAAUGCCCCGAUGGGUUUUCCUUCGACGGUGUUUUUUGUGCUAAAAAUAAUUUUAUGUGUCCCCUUGAUUAUCCAUUUUCGUACUACAGUUGUGGAUCAAUUUCCGCUUCAACUACAUGUUGUUUACCACUAAAUAUACAACAAUCAUUCGAAUAUCGUCUUGAAAUAUACCGAGUUAAUGCAACAAUUCCAAGACCUCCAACAACCAAUGUACCUCCCAGUAAGCCAUUACAAUGUUCCGCAGGGAGCGUACUUAUAGGGAAUUGCUGUAGAGGAUUCAUUGAUGUGCAAGAUAUUCAGCCACCAACUGAGAUUUGUACCAAUGGGUACUAUUUGGAAAAUCAUCAAUGCCUAAAGCAAUUAACUAUUGUUACAAAGCAACCACCUGAAAUUCAAUGUCCACCUGGAACAAUUAAAUCAGAUUGUGAGUGUUUAAUGGAAAAAUGUUGCAACGGUACGGAAUCGACGACAACGACGCAACCACCAACAUCGCCGACGUCGCCUACAUCGCCUACAUCGCCGACAUCGCCGCCAUGGACUUCAUCGACGUCGAAUACGACAACAAGUCAGACAAAUUAUACAUGCUGGGGCGGCUCUUGCUAUAUCAAUAACGUUAAUUCAGUUAACGUAGCUACCAACGUUAAUACUAACAGCGCAACCAACGUUUUAGUUCAUCUAACAGAAGGGGGAAAGACCAGCAUUCAAAUUCAUAAUGAAACAACGAACCAGCAAGGUACUACGCCAGGUACUACGCCUGGUACUUCGCUAGCUACUACGCCAGGUACUAUGCCAGGUACUACGCCAGGUACUACGCCAGGUACUACGCCAGGUACUGAGUCACCUUCCACCUCAACUGUUGGACAUCCUUGCUGUGUCAUUGUCUCUCCUAGACAGUGUAAGGAGACGGACAAUGGAACAUGGCAUUGCUUUCACAGGAAGAAGAGAGUUUGCUUACCCAUAUGCAGCCGAUGGUCCAUAAUUUACCUACAACCACGCCAAAUAAUUUAUCAACCUCCAAUUAUGAUUGUUCCUCCCGUGAGAGUACCUCCGAUGUAUUGUCGCGGUUGCAGCCACAGAAGAUUACAUGAUUGCUCAGGUUGUUACAGUAGAGGUUUUUGCCCUCAAUACUGCUCAAACUAUGAAUGUUCAUCUGCAGACUGCCAUUUGAUAAGUCAGGAAACAUUUUGCCACGAUUAUCCUGGAGAGAUGUGUUCUUAUGAUUAUGGAUGCUUCGAAGAAUACUGCAGAAACUAAAUUUCAACAGCUGAUAGAUACUCCAUGUGGGCAUAGAUUAAAAUAAUUUCUGUUGAAAUAUUAGAAAUUUCAAUUUAUUUAGAAAAGAGAAUAAAUAAUUCUUAUUAUUUUUG